AUGUACACACUCGCCAAGCUCCUCGCUGCCUCUGCCCUCUGCGGCAUCGUGGCUCAGGCUGCCGACCGUGCAGCUGUAGCCGAGCUGCUGCACCAGACAGUUGAGGAGCCACAGGCAGCAGCUGAGGAAGCCUCUCCAAGAGAGGAGCAGGAGGCUGCUGAGGAAGCAGCAGCAGAAGUUGCUGAGGCUGUAGAAGCCGCAGAGGCAGUUGAAGCAAGAGAAGCACCUGAAGCAGCAGAAGCUGCAGAGGCUGCAGCCGAAAUGCCAGAUCUAGAGCAGACAGCAGCACCAGAAGCAGCAGCAGCAGCAGAAGAAGCAGCAGCAGAGGAGGCACUCCCCGUUGCUGAUGCUCCCAAGGAGAUUGAGUCCCAGUAG